AUGACGGAAGAAGGAUUCUAUAGUUUUUCGAGUCAAAAUUCAAGAGAAUUGACUGAAGAUGAUCAUGAAAAGCUGGCGAAACAGACAAAUAUAAGCGAUUUCAAGCAGAAAAAGUUGGAAAUUGAAGCACGAAAGAAUUGGGAUAAAUUCUAUAAUCGAAACAAGAAUAACUUCUUCAAAGACCGGAAUUGGAGUGCAGAAGAUUUAAAAAUCAUUUGUCCCGAUAUUGAUUUCGAGCAAGAAAUCUCAUAUUUGGAAGCAGGAUGUGGUGUCGGUAACAUGUUGUUCCCAUUAGUCGCUGAAAUUCCAAAACUGAAAUUAUUUGCAUUCGAUUUUUCGGAUAAUGCAGUGAGAUUGUUGGAGGAGAGGGCGAAAGAGCUGAAGCUCCCUGUCACCACUUCUGUCGUAGAUUUGUCGAUCCCAUCAGUUUCAUCUCCAUUUGACGAACAAGUCGAUCUGGCUACACUAAUUUUUGUAUUAUCUGCAAUUCAUCCGGACAAAAUGCAGAUUGCUGCUGAAAAUAUGAGAAAUUUGGUGAAGAUCGGUGGCUCAGUUGUAGUCCGCGACUACGGUAUCAACGACCACGCAAUGAUUCGUUUCGGUCGAGAAGCACGGAUUUCCGAUCGAUUUUAUGUUCGACAAGACGGCACUCGCGCCUAUUAUUUCGAUUUGGACGAGUUGACCGGAUUUUUUGAGAAUUCUGGAUUCAGAUGUGUUCGGAAGGAGUAUUUACACCGAAUGACGAUCAAUCAUCAGAAGAAUUUAAAGGCGCCACGGAUUUUUGUGCAAGCACGGUUUAUUAGGGAGAAAUGA